AAGUUCUCACGGCGCACUCGCUGUUGUUCUUCGGCCACAACAACACAGUCGUCACGUUCUUUCUCAUAUCCAUCCAUUCACAAAAUCUGAACAUUUUUCUCAGUCGCAUAGUUGGUUCGUCGACGACAGACUUGAAUUCGGGAACAGUGAAAACUCAACCAAAUACAAACUUCCACAUUGAGUUGAAAUUAAUUUGUGUCAAACGAAUUAAUUGAAAUCAAUUGAAACGUUAAUUUGUUCGUUCAACUCGUCUCUUUGUUGUUUGCAGUUCCAAUAGAAGCUGUAGUAGUUGGUUGCUUGGCCAGCAUAUUUCGAAUCGAAGGCAACCAAAGAAAAAAAAACGCAUAAACAAGCAUUUCAAUACGAAAUUCGUUUAUUUGUUUGUUGCGGAUGAUAAAAAUAAACACAUCGAGCGAGCGCUGGCACUCACCCCCAGGCAACCACCCCCCACCAAUCUCCAGCACACCAAAUACCACAAACGCAGAGCGCUCAGCGAGUUCUCAUUUGCAGAGCUCAUCAGUUUAUAUCCACUCGCAGUAAGAACGACGGCCUCACGGGUUUUCCACCGCAGAAAUUGUAGAGAAUUUUCAUAAUUUUCAUUUCGCUGUGAUUGUGGUUAUGUUUAUCCAUCUUACGUUGCAGUAGCGAAGUAAUACCAAAAAGGAAUUUGAAAACUGAAAUUGAAAAUCGACAUUGGAAAAAGUCCGUCUGCCCACUCCGUGCAUAGUGAUAUGAACAAAAUGGGCAUCUCUACCGACCCCGCAUUGCUCGACGUAGAGUUGCCUCGCACUUUGAUCGAAUCGCCAUCGGUGUCAACAUUUCUGCCCGAGGAGGAAGCAUCCAUUUGCCCGCUGCUGUCCUCGAACACCAAUGGCUCAACGACACCGAUGACAUUCUCACAUCCUCUGACGCCGUGCAUCGACAAUGACAAUGACAGCAACACUUCGGCCAACCUGUGUAACGAGGACGGCAAGGUCGAGACAAGUUCAUCAUCUGGCAGCAGCUCCGGCAUUGGUAUGAGUGUGCCGGACGAGACCUCAACCACCCUCUUCAACAAGCACUCCUACAAACAUUUGCAAAACAACAACACAUCGGCACAGGAUUCGAAUGGCCAUGGACCCAAUGGAAACAUACCGCUUGGCAAAGACACACCUUCGUUUGUAUCGUGGAACUGGCCCCUCAUACGGAAAUGCACAUUUUUCGUCUUCAUGUCCAGCCUGUUGGCCAUGUGCGCCGUGGUGGUGGCCAUGAUCGUUACGCUGCCAAAAACCUGUAAUCCAAAAACGAUGUGGUACCGCGGCAGUGUCUUUUACGAAAUAUUUCCGGCCAGUUUUCAAGAUUCGGACAAUGACGGCAUUGGCGAUUUGCGUGGCAUUGUCCAGCGCAGUGACUAUCUGAAGUCACUGGGAGUGUCGGCAGUACGUCUAAAUUCCAUUUUCCCUUCACCUCACUAUCCGGAUGAUUUUAAAAACAUAACCAGCCUCACAGAUGUGUCCAAGGUCUUGGGCACGGUCGAAGAUGUCCAACAACUGAGCCAGGCCUUGCAUCUCAGGAAUAUGUCUCUUGUUCUAGAUUUGCCCCUGUUUCCCUAUCUAAAAGAGUUGGGCAAAUCCGAUGGAGCCAGUGCGGUCAAGGUUCUGGCCAGUACCACAUUAAAUGUGUCCGACGGAAUGACAACAACAACGACGACCACACCAAGGCCCGUGAUCACCACCAAUUUAAUUACCCAAGCUCUGCAGCAUUGGAUCAAAUUCGGUGUCGAUGGCUUCUACAUUAAAGGUCUGGAGGAAUUUGUUGAAUUGGAAGACAUCGACUACCACAUGGCUGAGUGGAAGGACAUCUUGGGCUACAGUCGUGUCCUCAUCAUUAGCGAAGCAGUGCUGGAGAAAGUCAAAGAACCUCAAAGGAGCCUUCUGCUCAGGCACGUCGAUCUUGUAGACGUCCAUUUGAAUGUUUUCAACGGCGCCAAAGACUUGGAAGAGCGCAUCAACAAUGUGCUGGCAUCCGAAAUAGCACCUGCUGAUCCAGGAGUUUGGGUUCAGUGGUCAAUCGCCGGUGUGGACAGUCCCCGCCUCACUCGCAAUGGUGUGAACACAAAUUUCACUCUAACCGCCACUCUGAUGCAACUCAUGUUGCCUGGAACUCCCAACAUAUUCUACGGCGAUGAGAUCGGCCUACAAGCCGCAAAGGACCAACUGAACGAGCACAAUGAAACAAAACAUCUGCACCACUUGUCCACCAUGCAGUGGCCCGAGAACUCUACACAGCAAUUUACGAAUCGCGAAACUCUGCCGUGGCUGCCGAACGCACCGACAGCAAAUUUUGAUUACUUGCCAAUUGUAUCGCGCAUGAUCAGGCUGCGUGACCGCUCACCUUCAAUUUACAAAAACGCCAUUUGCAAAACGGAAUCGGUCCUGCCCAAUACCGCCAUUAGACGAAGCGAAGACGACAUUCUGAUAGUCGAGAGACUCUAUCCUCGACGCAACUCAUUUGCGUCCAUUUCGAAUUUUGGCCAGAAACGGUUGACCUUGGACAUGUCUUCGAAUUUCUACAGCGGCGUCGUGAUGCUGCACGACAGCAGUGAUAAAAUAUACUUCAGUGACUUCCAGAUUGGACCGGCCGAAAGCAUCAUCGUACGACUGGAUAAAUAAACGGCGAAUGGCCCUGAGCCGAUCGGAGAGAUCCCAUAGAAUCCACCGUAUCCUGUACUUAAAUAUUAUUAUAAAAUUAUUAUUGCUAAUUUAAUGACUUGUUAUAUUUCAUAAAUUUUUAUUAUCAAAUAAAUGUUGUACUUUAAUAGAAA